UUUCACGCGCCUUCCUCUUCCCUCCCACUUCACUUUCCCCCAAAAUUAAAAGAAUUAAAGAAAAACCUAAAGCCCAUCACUUCGCCGUGGAAACAAACUCACACCACCACGAGCUCGUCAUCGAUUAUCUCUUUCGCCACGCCGCUGGGUUUCGAUGUUUGCUACAUCGCAAAGACAUUAAUCAUCGAGCGUGUUUGAAUAGGUAAAAGAUCAAUCAAACGAACACCAGAUUCUGGAAAUGACGAAAGUCGUUGCUCCUGGUACUUCUCUUCAAAUGAACGGGGUGUCCAAAGCUAAGCGCAAGACCCCCGCGGAACUAAGAGGAGAGCAACUGAAGCGGACUUGUUUUGUUGACCAAGUUAAAGAGUCUUUUGACGCAUUGCGUCCUUGCCAAAGUACUGAGAAGGGAAAUGGGCUUAAGAAUCCCAAGUACAUUGAGAUGCGUAUGAAUGAGCUAUACGCUGUCAAAAAGGCUCGGCCUUGGAUGCCAUCUGGCAAAGAAAACUCUAAGGAAAAUGGUGUGAAAGAGCAGUCCAGCAACCUAUUCAAUGUUUCUUUACUCUCAAAUGUUGUUGCCAUCAAAAGACAACAACAUACUCGCAGCGAGGACAAAAAUGCUUCUACUGGAGUUUCUGAUGAUACUAACACUAAAGCUCGUCAAGCAAAUGAGGGAUGCAGCCAGUGCAUAUUUCGCAGUGUCACGGAACUUUCAACAAGGGGUGAAGAGUUAUCCUGCUUGCCAGAUAUUGAUAUGACCAAAGCACUGAAAGGACUUGCCACUUCCGUACAAUUGCCAAUUUAUCCUGGUGACAUAAGUGAGAAAUCUGAUACUGCUUCAUUACGUGGAAAUUUCGUGCCUGAGUUUCUCGUUUCUGGGCGAGAGAUUCCUCUGGAUCUUUCCAUAAAGACUUAUGUUCGACUUGUUUCCUCCUCUCCAUUAAAUUGGUUACAUAGGUCAAUUAUGAGUAGCACUUACAAUGGUAUGCCACAGUUAAACGAAGAUAACAGUAGUGGUUCUGGCUCAGAUGUGGUUUGCCAGGUGUUAAAUUCCAUGUCACUGCACUCAUGGGUUUACCCCCAGUCUACCUUGCCAUCUUCUAUGAUUUCAGCAUAUAUAAAUUCUGGACCAGGCAGAGGCGAAGGUGAUUUCUUACAACAGCGACAAUUAGCAUGGGAAGAUGCUUUUCGAAGUCUAUAUUUUAAGUUCCGGAAGAAUUUCUGCAAAAUAUUUUAUGUUUGUACUUCACAGUUUGUGGUAUUGUUCACUGGAAGCUGUGAGCCAGGAGGGGUCAAACGCUCAUGCAAAGCCUAUAUCACUCAGUCAACUAGAAGAUUGAGAGCCAUGCUUAAAGACCUUGACAUAUGCUACACUAUGCCUCUUUGCAAAACUAAAAUGGAAGACACCACUGUUGAAGAUCUUGCUGAACUUUCAGAGAUAGAGAAUCAUAACCUUGGCCAGAUGCAGACUCGUCGUUUGCGUUCCGCCUCAAACAUAGAUAACACUCCAGAAUCUUUCUUGGCUUUUGAGGGAAAUGAGAGCGUACAUGGAUUGUAUGAUCUUCUGCUAAAUUAUAGGUCUUCUUUGAGUUUUCUUCUCACCGCAGACGUUCCUGUAUUAUAUUCACCUGUACCGUUUCAGAAUGCUGCAAUGUCUUCUCCUAAGAUCGACUGCAAGGAGAUGGUAACAGCAGAAUCUACAAGUUGCUAUAUCGUCGAGACUAAGGGUGAAUGCAUCCCGCCAUGGAUUAUUAGCAAUAUUUGUGCACACGUGAUUGCUAAUGGACAGAACUUUGAAGCCAGCUUUGUGACCGAGCCAACAUCAGUUAGCUUAAACAUGGGUCUACCACAACUCCCAGAUAAGGUUCAGCCUGAGUCUCCAAUCACUGAAGGCACAGGAGAAACUAACGAUGCUGUGUCUGACAUUCCCGGAACAGUGAUCUCCCCUCAGCUGCGAUCAGGUCAUCUAAAGAACUUAAAGUAUUACAACAACUCUUACACUGUUUCACUGUCUCCCUCGUGAGAUCUGUAUUUGCUUCGAAUCCUCUCUUUCAGGUUCUCAUCGUUAUAUGUAUGACCCCAAAGUCAAAUUAUCAACUUAAUGUUUAUUUUAAUGUGCUAUUUAGCUGGACAUAUCCUGAAACAUAUUUGAUGCAGUGUAUGAGAAGCCUUUUGGUUUGA